AUGAAGUCUCUUCUCACCCUCACCCUCGCCCUCUUCGCCUCAGCUGGGCUCGGCGACGCUGCCUCAGCUGGCUGUGGCAAGCAACCUCCCUCCAGCGGCGUCAAGACCAUGCAAGUCAACGGCAAGAACCGCGAGUACACCCUCCAGCUGCCCAACAACUACCAGAACAACAAACCCCACCGUCUCGUCUUCGGCUACCACUGGCUCAGCGGAAACAUGGGCAACGUUGUCCAGGGCGGUUACUAUGGUCUUCGCAACUUGGCUGGCGACUCUACCAUCUUCAUCGCUCCCAACGGUCUCAACGCUGGCUGGGCUAACCAGGGCGGUGAGGAUAUCACCUUCACUGAUCAGAUGCUUGCUUUUGCCAAGCAGAACCUCUGCAUUGAUGAGAAGCAAGUUUUCGCUACCGGAUUCAGCUAUGGUGGUGCCAUGAGCCACAGUGUCGCCUGCUCACGACCCAACGACUUCGCUGCUGUCGCCGUCAUUUCUGGUGCUCUUCUCUCCGGCUGCAACGGUGGCAACACUCCCGUCUCUUACCUCCACAUCCACGGAUCCGCCGACAACGUUCUCAGCAUUCAGCAGGGCCGCCAGCUCCGCGACAAGUGGAUCGGCACCAACGGCUGCCAGCAGAAGCAGGUCAACGAUCCCUCUCCCGGUGCCCAGAACUACGUCAAGACCUCUUACACCUGCAGCCGCAAGCCCGUUACUUGGAUCGGACACGGUGGUGGCCACGUUGCCGACCCUACUGCCAACGGUCAGAAGUUCGCCCCUGGUGAGACCUGGAGCUUCUUCAACGCCGCGGCUGGUACUAGCGCUAAGCUCCGCUGCUAA